CGUCAUUGGAGCAACAAGAAGGAGCUCGCCAUCGAAGCUGCAGCAAGAAGAAGAUCUAGGAGUUUUGCAUCACCGGCAUCAGCAGCGGCAGAAGAAGAUCGAGUGAGCGAGACAGGCGAGGAAAGCAAGGGGAUCGAGGAGCAUACAUGUCGUGCGCGGUGGCACCGGGCUCGCCGGUCUUCUCGCCGUCCCGGCUCGGCCUGCUCACGCCCUUGGACCAGCUCCACCACCACCACCACGGCGCCUCCUUCCUCCCCUCCUCGCCGCUCCGCCCCUUCGCCCCCCUCCGCGCGCGCAUCGUCCACCACGACCCCUCCCCUUGCGCCGCCCAGCCGCCGCCCGCCGCCAAGCCCGCGGACCCUUCUUCUGUUGCUGCGGCUCCUGCUAAGGCCCCGGUCAAGCGUCGCCGCCCGGCGCCGCUGCUCGUGCCGGCCGCGGUCACCGUCGCGCCGGCGGUGCUGGAGGCCGCCGCGGCGAGCGGGGUGGACGAGGUGGCGGAGCAGGGGGACGGCUUCGCGGCCUUCUGCCGGAGGGGCAAGGGCCGGAAGCGGGUCGAGAUGGAGGACCGCCACGUCGCCGCCGUCGCGCUCGGCGGGGACCGCGCGCAGGCCCUGUUCGCCGUGUUCGACGGCCACGGCGGGAAGCGCGCCGCGGAGUUCGCCGCGGACAACAUGCCAAGGAUCGUGGCAGAGGAGCUGGAGAGGUCGACGCGCGGCGGAGGGGGAGCAGGGCGCGCGGCCGUGGAGGGCGCCGUGAGGCGGGCGUACCUGCGCACCGACGAGGAGUUCUCCUCCUCCUCCAACUCCAAGAACCGGGAGCAGGCGGGCGGGGGCGCCUGCUGCGUGACGGCGCUGCUCCGGGACGGCGGGCGGCAGCUGGUGGUGUCCGGCGCCGGGGACUGCCGCGCGGUGCUGAGCCGCGCCGGCAGGGCGGAGGCGCUCACCGACGACCACCGCGCGUCGCGGCAGGACGAGCGGGACCGGAUCGAGGCGCUGAAAGGCGGGCUGGUGCUCAACUGCCGGGGCACGUGGCGGGUGCAGGGCUCACUGGCCGUGACCCGAGGCAUCGGCGACGCGCACCUCAAGCCAUGGGUGGUGGCGGAGCCGGAGACGACGACCGUCGACGUGGGCGCCGACUGCGAGCUGCUCAUCCUCGCCUCCGACGGGCUGUGGGACAAGGUGGGCAACCAGGAGGCCGUCGACGCCGCCUCCUCCUUCACCAGCGACCUGCCCGCCGCGUGCCGCCGGCUCGUCGACAUGGCCGUGUCCAGGGGCUCCUCCGACGACAUCAGCGUCCUCGUCGUCCAGCUCCAGCGUCGUCCUCUCCGAUAAGACCGUACGUAGUGGUAACAGUUGAAUUAACACGCGAGAAGAUAUUACUACAUCGGCGCCAUGGAUGAGGAUGAACACCCUACGUGUAGAUAGAGGGCUUUUUGACGUCGUCUCUCUCGUCCCCGGCCGGCCGCUCGAUCCGGCUGCUGGUGUCUGUAACCAAGAUCAUGCACCAUUAGUGCUAAUAAUGAUCACCCGGUUGAGCUUUCAAUCAACCUACCUCGGACGAGAAUAAUCUUUCUUCAGUUAAAA